AUGUUCACCUCACAGACAAGGAGAAGUCGCACGAACAUCAUCGUCGUGGCGGUGCUCGUGGUCGCCUGCUUCUACUUGGUCCUGCAACUACCCAGCUCGACUCUACGGACCAUCGUGUGGUCAUCACCAGAGAAAAUGCCUUCUUACCAGAACUACACCUCGUCAUUCUCAUUUGACCUGGAUAAGUCGAUACACCCCGACUGGAUGGCCCGUGUACCGGACCAGACCAGCCUGGCCAGCCUGUCGAUACCUGGGACGCACGACACCGAGACCUUCGACCUGGUGAACAACACGAAGUACCAGUGUCAGAACCAUGACCUGAGGACACAACUAAGGGCGGGCCUGCGGUAUUUCGACAUCAGGGGGCGCCUGGUGAUCGACGAGGCUGCCGGCGGGGAGGAGACCGCCCCGGUGAUUGGCAUCUUCCACGCGCAGGUCUACACGGGCUACACGUUGGAGGACGUACUGCUCACGCUCUUUGAGUUCCUGGACCAGCACCCGACGGAGGGGAUCAUCAUGAGGCUGAAAAUGGAAGGACCGCCGGUGCGCAGGAAGUCCGAGGGGGUAUUUGAGGAGGAUGAGGAGGAGGAGGAAGGGGAGCAAGGGGCAGGCACAGCGGCGUACAAGACGACCUUCGAGGAAGCCUUCAACCACUACCGCCUCAAGAACACCCGCACCGAGCCCGGGAGCACAAAGCACCUGCUGCUCCCGUGGCCGAGUCCGUCCGCGCCGGCUGGCUCGCCCCUGCUGCCGACCAUGGCGCAGCUCCGCGGCCGGGCUGUCGUCCUGCAGGAGUUCCCGUCCUCGACAGGGGCCAGCUACGGCGUCCCCUGGCUGUCCCCGCACAUCAGCCUCGAGGAUCUGUGGAUUAUAGUGGAUCGAGAGCACCUCGAGGACAAGUGGCGGGCGAUCCGGGCCAGCCUCGAGGCCGCCGGCGCGAGCCCGCCCGGCUCCGACGUGCUGUUCCUCAGCCACCUCAGCGCGAGCGUCGGGGUCACGCCGAUCGAGGCGGCGGCGGGCCCGCUAGAGGCGGUAAACGGCUCGAUGAUUGAGGGCAUGAACGAGCGGACGGGCCGGCUGCUUGAGAAGACUGUCAAGGACGGCCAGCAGGGCAAGACUGGGGUUAUCAUGGCGGACUUUCCCGGCCAGAGGCUGGUGGAUGACAUACUGGCGAGGAACGCGUGGUUGACGGGUUGA